UAGAGGCUUGCUUCACUGCAUUUUAAAAGGAAGCCAGACCUCAGGGUGGGCUCACUCUAGCUCUGCCAGUUGAGUUUCCGUCUUCUCCAAGACUAAGCAGUUUGGGCUACCUUCCGAGGUUUCUCCCCAUCGCCAUGGAGGAGUCAUCAGAAGUACUCGACUCGGUUGUGAACCCAGAACCUCAGAGGAGCAAUGAGGACCAGGAUGAACAAUACCACUCAGAUGAGUCUGAAGUCUCACAGCCAGAAAUAUUAGCGGAGGACCUAAAAGAGCUAACACUCAGCCCCAGCGCCAAGAAGCCUUCCCAUCGCCCAGUACGUCGUCGUCCUGGCCGCCGCCGCCGAGUCAUCUCAACAAAGAUAAAACCGGUUGAGAACAAAAGUGAAAUAAUCUUGAGAAAGGUCCAAAGUGCCUUUCCCAGGAGGCAAGUUCGCACACUGCUGUCUGUGCAGAAAGAUCCUGUGGCAAGGAUGAAAAGAUUUAUUCGGAUUGAGAAGAAACUAAAAAGUCGUAAUGGAGAUGUGUAUGAAGAAGGCGAACCAUUCAGAUGCCUUUGCACUUUCUGCCUGUAUCAAGGAUGGGACCCUUCUGAAAAUGCUAAAAUAGGGAAAGAUUAGGGCUACUUUUGUAUACUGUCUUUACUGCUGAUACUACUACACAGCAGUGAGUUCUGUAAUAGCUUUAUUCUUUUUCCUGGUGUUGGGCGAUCUCUUUCCAUACUUGUUACAAAUUAAAAGAUCGAGAAUGUGUGAAGCAUAUGAGUGACCCAAAGAAGAAAGAAUGGGCCUCAAGUUUUCUGUGGGCUUUAGAAUUCUCAAGUCUUUAGGUAAUAGCAAUAGCAUUUUGGGGUGGUUUGGUUUAGAAGGUAUUAUUGGAAUAGUUCUUUGUAUUCUCUAGUUUGUAGAAAUUUGUAAUAAAGGCAAAGACAAUCUUGUUAUCUUGAUUUUUAGUAAUACACAGAACGAAAUAAAGUAGACCAUUGUAGUUUGUAA